AUGGCUGAACGGCUGGCUAGUAUGCUUCCUCACAUUGUUUCGGAAGGCCAAAAUGGGUUUAUCAAAGACCGGCAGAUUAUUGAUAACAUCCUUAUAGGACAUGAACUAAUGCAUUAUCUGAAGAUAAAAAAGCAAGGGAAGAAGGGGUACAUGGCUCUGAAGGUUAACAUGGAAAAGGUCUAUGAUAGAGUCGAAUGGCCCUUCCUGCUUGCAGUUUUGGAUAAGAUGGGUUUUAGUUCAGUCUGGCGGGGUUGGAUACAUGAAUGCCUCCGUUCAUCAUCUUUUUCGGUCCUGAUGAAUGGUACACCUUCGGGGUAUUUCUCUGCCUCUAGGGGCCUUCGUCAGGGGGACCCGCUCUCUCCGCUCUUGUUUGUGCUCUUCACAGAGGGAUUUGCAGCCCUCCUCCGAAAGGCAAUCACGGAGAAAAAAUUAGAGGGAGUGAAAGUAGCCCCCUGUGCUCCACGGGUCUCGCACUUGUUCUUUGUGGAUGAUUCUUAUUUAUUUUUGCGAGGCUCGCUUCAGGAGUGUGAGAAUCUAAUUACGGUGCUGAAUGAAUAUGAGGAACUGAGUGGUCAACGCGUUAAUUUGGAGAAAUCAGCGGUGUGCUUUAGUAAGAAUAUAUCCGUACCAGACCAGGAGUUCUUGGCUGCGAUUCUAGGUGUUGGUGCGGUGGGGAUCCAUGAUAAAUAUCUGGGCCUUCCAACGCUGGUUGCUCGAUCCAAAAUGGCUACUUUCAGAUAUUUGGAGGACAAGCUCCUAGAGAGACUUCAGGGGUGGAAGCAAAGGACUUUAUCGUGGGCGGCUAAGGAAACUUUGAUUAAAUCCAUAGCAUUGGCGCUUCCCCUUCAUGUCAUGUCUUGUUUCCGGCUACCCUUGGCGCUUUGUCGCCUGUUAGAUAAGAAUGUGGUCCGUUUUUGGUGGGGUGCGGAGGAUGGUACUCCCAAGAUUAGAUGGGUGUCCUGGCGUAAUAUGUGCAGGAGUAAGCAUGAUGGGGGGAUGGGAUUUCGUCAGUUUGAGCAUUUCAACCAAGCUCUUUUGGCUAAGAUAGGCUGGCGUAUUCUCAAUGAACCCGAUUCUCUCAUUGCCCAGAUCUAUAAGGGCAAGUAUUUCCCGCAAGGGUCUUUUCUGACCGCGACUGCUAGGUCUCGUCCCUCUUGGGGGUGGCAAAGUAUCCUGCAUGGGCGCCAGUUGAUGGAGAGAGGGUUAAGAUGGCAGGUCGGUAAUGGCCAAUCGAUCUCCCUCCUUCAUUCCAGCUGGAUUCCAAAGUGCCAAUUGGAUCCCCCUUGCUAUAAUCCACGGAUCUUGCCGGAAGGGGAUGAUCCCUUAGUUGCGGAGGUUAUUGGUGAGGGGGGAGGGAGCUGGUCUGAUGAAAAGCUUAGUCAAUGGUUUGAUCCACCCACCUGUAAGGCUAUUAAAACUAUUCCUCUCCCGCGUUGGGAUGUCCCUGACAAGCUUAUUUGGCAUUUUACGACCGAUGGGGUCUUCUCUGUUAAAUCAGCUUACCAUUUGGCGGUUGAUUUGGAUAGAAGGAGGGGUGGGUGGCGAUCCUCGGCUACCUGGAUGGAUAAACCAAGUUGGAUUCGAGUUUGGGAGGCGAAGAUCCCUCCGAAGUUGAAGGUUUUUGUUUGGAAAAUUCUGAAUCGGGCUCUGCCGACUAUGGAGGCGCUCUUUGAGAAGAAGGUUCAGGUGCUUUCUCGGUGUCCGGUUUGUUGGGAUGGCCCGGAAACGAUGGAACACCUAUUUCUCUACUGUCCGGUUGCGCGAGCUCUCUGGAAUUAUUCAGGACUGGAAUACUUGGGGGAGGGUUUGCCUCGGCAUACUUUUCCUUUGUUUUUUAAACGUCUUUUGGGCUUGAUUAGUCAGCCGUCACUGGUGAUGGCGGUGGUUGCCGUCCUUUGGAGGAUCUGGCGGUCCCGGAAUUGGGUUGUUUUUGAAGGCAAACAAUUUGCGAUCCCGGUACUCAUGCGCCAGUUUAACCAGCAGUAUGAGGAAUGGGUGAUUUUACCAGUGGACCAAGCGUCUAGGGAUCCCAUCCCGAGAACUCAAUUUGCCGCACAAGGGACUGAGCCCCAUUUGGUUUGCAUGUGGGACGGAGCUACUAAGGGUGGGUCACAUUCGGCGGGUGGGAUGGUUCUUUUAGACCCUGCACGAACGCUCCUUAUGGCUAGAGGGGUACAGUUUUCUCAUUUGGAUGACCCUGGCAUGGUGGAAUUACUUGUCCUUAGGGAUGCUAUUAUUUGGUGUAUGGAGCAGGGUUUGUCGGAGGUUCGGUUUGAGGGUGAUGCAAAGGUGAUUAUUGACAAAAUUAAUCAAGCCGACACAAGGGAUAGCCGGUUGGGUGCUGUUCUGGAAGAGAUUGUUCUUUAUUUUCGUGCUCAACCGGGUUUUAGUGUGCGUUUUGUAGGUCGGGAGAACAAUAGGGUAGCUCAUUUGGUAGCUAGGAAAGGCCUCUCUUUGUAUCCGACUAUGAGUCGCUUUUUUGAUUUCCAGACCUGGCUGGUUUCCAGGAUGUAA